UUGAUCAAUUGGUUCCCCAGGAAUCAUUCCGAAAUGGAGUUGAGCCUUCCCUUUCCACGCCCACACCUGGCCGUUACGUUGCCUGAAAUUGUACGUGAAAUAGUGUCCUUCCUCCCCAACCACGACCUCCGUGAGAACGUCACCCGGGUUUCCCGUAGAUGGGAAGAUGCCGCUCGAAAACGACUCAUUUCCCGAGUCUGUGUUACCCUCACCCCGAAAAAUAUGGCGGGAUACCUUGAACAGACCAAUAUUCGAGGAAACCACCACAAAUGUGUCUUCCUUUCUGAGUUCAAUUUCGAAGAUUUGUCCCACGAGGAGUCCAAUCUGCUCGAAAAUUUUACCUACAGGGCGACCCCGCUCAUUACCGAGUUACAUUUGGACUACUUCCCGCACGAAUUGUUCAUCCACCCUCACGUCGCCACACUAUUCUCACAUUGCCCUAAGCUAGAAUUUGUCUCAUUUUCUCCAAAGACGUUUAGAAUUCCAACGAUGAAAAGUUCCCUGUCAAGCGGUGUAAGUUUCCCAACCGUUAGAAAAUUUAAGAUAGGAUAUAAUUCAGGAAUCGAUGCGGUCUUGAAAACCUUAAGUGCGACAAAUUUCCUUCAAAUUGUUUCAAUAUUCCCGAACCUUAAAAUCCUACGGGGUGAAACCCUUCCACAACACGUUUUAGAGUAUUUUCUCUCCAAUAAGGGGUCAAUUGAGACAAUUUCAAUGAUCUUACAUGACACCCAUUUCGAUCGAAAAACGAUCCCAGUUUCUGACUAGGCUAGAAUUUCAGGUUGGAUUAGAAAAUCAGGCGAGAAAUUAUGACGUGAUUCUUGAUGUGUUUGCUGAUCAGCUGGUAAAACUCAAACUUACCGCGGACUCCAACUUGCCGCGGAGAUUAUUAGAUUUGAAUGAGGGCAAGGUACUCGUGACAAUUAAUUUCCCAAAGGUGUUACCAAGACUGAAAUGUUUGGCCAUUGGGAUCCCUCGAGGUCUAAGUUUUGGUCAAAAAUUGGGAACAGUUCCGGGGCUACAUUUAAACCUGGGGGGCUAUUCGAUACAACUUCCCGCCCUGGAAAAAUUAGUUAUCGCGGAGCGGGAUGAGUGGGAGACUAAAUACUGGUCGCAGGAUGAGACGGAGGAGGAGCAAGAAUGGUUUGAAAUUUGGGCAGAAUUUUUAGCCAAAUAUUUCCUGCGGGGGGAGUGUCUUACCUUGAGAGAUCUUAAGGUUCCACUACCUCCCGGGGAAAGGGUGGGGUUUAAAUUGUUUCAAAAAUUGGGAGGUGGGAGAAAUAAGGUUAUUUCUGAGUUGGUAGAUUGUUCCGAUUUUUUCGAACGGAUUGUGACCACGUUUCCAAAUUUGAGGUGGGAAAUGUUUCAGGGGGUGGAUCCUGAGAGGGUGGAAGAAUGGGUGCGGAUCGGGUGUGAGAUGGGGUUGCUGGAGAAGAAAGGGUUGAAUUUGGGAUAAAUUAAGAAAGUGGAGUUGAUUUUGAGAGAUGUAUAGUAAUUUUUGAAUUUACAUAAAUUUUGAAGGUAUACAGUAUGUAACAUCAAAAUAUUUGUAAUUAAAAACAAUCUUGCCUCCAUUCCAUUAAAAAUUUACCACAAUGUAGUUUGAUAUAGUGUUAUUAAAUAGUAUAAAAAUAGUUUCGAAACAUCUACCAUUUCUUGAGAAAAUUGAAUUUAAAUUUGAGAAACAAUAUCGUAGCUAUA